AUAAAACCUAAUUUCGAGGGUGUUUUACAAAUAGCUACACUAUUUAAAUAAAAAGACGUCUCUUGCGACAUCGAUAAAAAAAAGUAGAACAAGCAACACAACGCAGCUAAGAAACCUCCUUAAAGAACAAAGAAAAAACUUGGUGAAAUCGAUUCUCUUCAAAGAUCGUCUUCCUAAUCACUUUCAACAACUCGAUCAAUCCUUACUGAUUCUGAUUCUGUAUCGAAUUUGAUACAGAGACGAUGCCGAAGAACAAAGGAAAGGGAGGAAAGAACAGGAAGAGAGGAAAGAACGAAGCUGAUGACGAAAAGCGAGAGCUUAUAUUCAAAGAAGAUGGACAAGAAUACGCACAAGUUCUUCGUAUGCUCGGUAACGGUCGAUGCGACGUUAUGUGCAUUGACGGUGUUAAGCGUCUUUGCCAUAUCCGUGGUAAGAUGCAUAAGAAGGUUUGGAUUGCUGCUGGUGACAUCAUACUUGUUGGUCUAAGAGAUUACCAGGAUGAUAAAGCUGAUGUUAUACUCAAGUAUAUGUCUGAUGAGGCUAGGCUUCUUAAGGCGUAUGGUGAGCUUCCGGAGAAUACUCGUCUUAACGAAGGUAUUGUUGGUGAUCUUGAUGAUGAUGAUGAUGUUGUUGGUGAAGAUUACAUUGAGUUUGAGGAUGAGGAUAUUGAUAGGAUCUAAGUUUGUUUUUGUUGUUGGCUCUCUGUUCCAGCUUGUAUUAUCAAAUUUGAGAUACAUAUCUUCUUAGAUACAGAAGAUUGUGAUACUAUCAUUGUUAUGUAUUUCUGGGGUUUCCAGUUUCUUAUCCCUUACUAUUACUGGUUUGAUUUGAAUCCCUAAAUAAUUUACAGAAAGUUGUUAUCUGAUUCGAAAGAACAAACUUUUGUGAUUUAAAUGCAAAGAUUUACAGGU